AUGGAUAAAAUAUUAUCAGGGAAAUGGUACCACCAUGAAGAACUACACUGGAAAAGCGUUAUAAUGCUAGAAAAACCGAAUCAAAUAUGUAGAAGAAUACUCUUGGAGAAUCAACCAAAAAAAGAAAAAAAGAACUCGCUUAAAAAUAUCCUAAAUUUAGCAGAAAAGACAAGUUUAAAAAAGUUCAAACAUCAAAUAAAAUAG